UACCAUAAAAUAGGUAUAGAGAAUAAAGAAUUAUAUCCUACUAUUUUAAAAUCGUUCUCACCAAGAAACCAUGAAGGUACUAAUGAAGGGGACAAGGGACAGGGUGUUUCAUCCUACGAUGCUGCGCGAAUGUGCCAUUGCAAUUCAACAGUUGGUCAGCGGUAGCGACAGCAAAAAAAUCCGACAGACUCUUUUACCAAUUUUUUGGUUGUUCUUCAUCGUUUUCUAAAGGGUAGGUAGUCAAUAUUAGAUACUCAAUUUAAUUUCUUAGGCAAACCGACCGCGAAAAGACACCUUUCGUUCUGUAUGCUAGAGCCGGCACCAUCACGUUUGGGUUUGUUUAUUUAUUUGCUUAAACGUUAUUUUUAGGCCCGUGGCGCUUCGUGGCUGGUACAUGUAAGCUGAAAAAUAAAUGUGCAAACAGUGUUUAAUUUACUUCAUGUCUUUUCAAAACUACAUGCAUGUCUCUAGUCUUAUCACAAAAUUAUCAAUGAUCGUUUAGACGAAACACUUAGCAUUGGAUAGAUUUCUACUCCUGUAACUGUAGCAACAGGACCUUUUCCUCAACCACAUUCAUACAUAUAACAAACAAUAUAUAAAAAACUUUUUUUUUUGAAAAUUAACUAUGCCAAUUACUUUCCUUAAACGUACUUACGCAUACCCCGGAGUUAACGGAAUUCAAUAAAAACACGGUGUAUAUUAUUUUAACCAGGAACCAACGUAAUACUCGAAGAGCUACGAAUAUAUAAUCGUAUAUCAACAAACUCCAACUAAGACAAAUAUUUAAUUUGAACAAAAAGUCUCGUCUCUGCUAACGCUCCAGCUCGGAUGUAUAUAAGACUUGCUUCGCCCAGCGUCGCCAUCAUAACAUCCCUGGCUGUCAACCGGCACAUACAGUCGUAAACAGCAUCCAUGUAAUGAGUGGACAUCGCGCAAACAGAAGCAUGUUGCACUACUGGCUUCUGCUGUCCUGGUUUGGCACAGCAAGCCUGCAAUACAUCAACGUCGGGCCCACGCCAGACGCGCUCAUAGCCCCCAGCGUCUCGAACUUCAACGCCCACAUCCCGUACGUCAACUACUAUAACCCCUCGCUCCAAGGCGAAUUCAACGUGCAGAGCGACCCCAUCGACAACACGGACUCAUACAACCGAUUUUACCCAAGCGGUGACUAUCCGCCCGCCGAUCGCAAACGAAGAACCAUAGAUGAAGAAUCAAAAAAUUGGUUACCGAAUAUACUAGACAGCGGAAAACAUACUGAAAAUGAAGAGAGAGCCGUUACACCGCAAAUAAACCAAGAGUCCAACUCGGAUAAUGAGACGAAUACGGAGACUUUGAGCCUUCGGAAAAGGAGCUUUAGUCCGUGGGGCGGCAAGCGGGCCGGAGGCGUCAACGUCGAUCAGAUGUGGACCUGGAAGCGCGCCACUCGCAGCAGGGAGCCCAGCAUGCCCAAACGGGUGCGCUUUAGCCCCUGGGGAGGCAAAAGGAGCGGACAAGUGAUAUACCACCCGGGCAGUAAAGUUAAGAGGGUAAUUUACUCAACCUCCAUACCAGCGCUCACUCGGAUCUUAUCCAACUAUUCGCCCUCUGACCAACCGUCAGAAAUGACUGAUUACCAAUUCAGACCAUCAAUAGACAAGCGGCAUCCGAUCAAAAUUCAAGUUAUGGGCGCUCAAUCAGAUCACGUACGCGAAGCGUUACCCUUUAAGAAUUUCCUAGCAGCUUUACCGCCCUUGUUUAAGCCUGGUCAUCCAUACGUGGACUUGAAUUUGAAAAACGACGGCAAAAGAAAGGUCAUAUUUAGCCAAUGGGGAGGGAAGCGAACGGCACCUAUAAUUGGACCCAUAUGGACACCAGGUCUAGGCAACGUGAAGGAGGCUACUUUAGAUGCCAUUUUACUUAUCAGAAAUAAUAAUAUUGACGAAGCGAAGGAAGAAUCGACGAAAGCAUUGUAAAAUGGAACAAUUGUCAUGUAACUUCCGGACUAUUCAGAAUGGACUCCUUUCUUAGAGGCAUCGUGAUCUUUCAAAUGCUUUAUAUAGGGUUUUAUCUAGCUUGCUAUAUAAGAAUAUAGUGCCAUAAUUAAGUUUAAAAUAAGCAGAUUGAAGUUCGGGAGUUACAAAAUUUGUCAUCGACAAAAAGGCUGGGUUUGUCGAUUGACAGCGAACUGAAAAAUGCACUAAGUCAAGUCAACAUUGUUAAGGUAUCGUAUUAUAGGUACUUAUUUAUUGAGCUAUCUUGUUAGAAAAUUAAAGAGAAUUAAUUAAGUU